UACCCGUCGCAGUGGUGCCCCAGCGUUCAUUCCAGUUCGAUCGUUGCCCGGAGAAGCAGUGGCAAAAGUUGCAGCGCGCGCGCGUGUUGUUCGCAGAGCUGUUUCUGGUGUUGUGCGGAAAAAAGCCCCCUCCCCACCCUCGAGACUAACCGACGGUACCGACCGGGUUUUGUGCGGUCAAUACGGAGUGCAUAAGAGUGUGCCGCGGGUGUUUGUGAGAAGCGGCGUGUUAAAAGUGGCCGAUUGCACAGCUUCGAAGGGAACGAAAACACAAACCCAAACGUUUUCGCAAAUCCCAAAAUCGCGUCGAUAAACUAAAGGAACACAUACCCUCCUACCACCCAAGUGGCCUGGGCAGGCGUGAGUUGCCACAACCAGACAUUGUUGUGGAGUGGUCAGCAAAGUAUCGCUACAUCCUUCCCCGUGGGAGACACCAGAGUGGACACACCGAAACACUCGGGACGCACGCAGCAUGACGAUCAACACGGACGACCAGUAUGGGGACGCCGAAUCCAAAACCACCAUCAGCUCCAGUCGGCGCGAGAUCUACGAAUGCACGUGGCGGUUAAGCUGCGAAUCGAGAAAUUACGACUUUCCCGUUACCUCAUACCGUUACAGCAGCAGCAGCUACCAGGACCAGUCGAUGGACGAUGCGCUCAACACGACGCUGACGAACGACAAGGCGACGCUGAUACAGGUGUGGAAGCCGAAGAGCUACGGCUCGGUCAAGGGCCAGAUACCGCAGUGCGAGCGGCUCACCUACACCUGGAAGGAGAUCGACGUGUUCGGCGAGGCGCCGACCGACGGGAAGCCGCGCGAGCCGCUCUGCACCCGGCUGCGCAACUGCUGCACCCGCCAGCGCAAGGACUUUAAUCCGCGCAAGCACCUGCUGAAGAACGUGACCGGCGUGGCGAAGAGCGGCGAGCUGCUGGCCGUGAUGGGCAGCUCGGGCGCCGGCAAGACGACGCUGCUGAAUGCGCUCGCGUUCCGGUCGCCGCCCGGCGUCAAAAUUUCCCCGAACGCGGUGCGCGCCCUGAACGGGGUGCCGGUCAAUGCGGAGCAGCUGCGGGCCCGGUGCGCCUACGUGCAGCAGGACGACCUGUUCAUACCGUCGCUGACGACGCGCGAGCACCUGCUGUUCCAGGCGAUGCUGCGCAUGGGCCGCGAUGUGCCGGCGAGCGUAAAGCAGCACCGCGUCCAGGAGGUGCUGCAGGAGCUGUCGCUGGUCAAGUGUGCGGACACGAUCAUUGGCGCGCCCGGCCGCAUCAAGGGGCUGUCGGGCGGGGAGCGGAAGCGGCUCGCGUUCGCGUCGGAAACGCUCACCGAUCCCCAUCUGCUGCUGUGCGACGAGCCGACGUCCGGGCUCGACUCGUUCAUGGCCCACAGCGUCCUGCAGGUGCUGAAGGGGAUGGCGAUGAAGGGCAAAACCAUCAUCUUGACGAUCCACCAGCCGUCCUCGGAGCUGUACUGCCUGUUCGACAAGAUACUGCUGGUGGCGGAGGGGCGGGUCGCCUUUCUCGGGUCGCCCUACCAGUCGGCGGAGUUUUUCUCCCAGUUGGGAAUACCCUGCCCGCCGAACUACAACCCGGCCGAUUUCUACGUGCAGAUGCUCGCGAUCGCACCGGCCAAGGAGGCGGAGUGCCGCGACAUGAUCAAGAAGAUCUGCGACUCCUUUGCCGUCAGCCCGAUCGCGCGCGAGGUGCUCGAAACGGCCUCGGUCGCCGGCAAGGGCAUGGACGAGCCGUACAUGCUGCAGCAGGUGGAGGGCGUCGGCAGCACCGGCUACCGUUCCAGCUGGUGGACGCAGUUCUACUGCAUCCUCUGGCGCUCGUGGCUGAGCGUGCUGAAGGAUCCGAUGCUGGUGAAAGUGCGCCUGCUCCAGACAGCGAUGGUGGCGAUCCUGAUCGGUUCGAUCUACUUCGGCCAGGUGCUCGACCAGGACGGCGUGAUGAACAUCAACGGAUCGCUGUUUCUCUUCCUCACCAACAUGACGUUCCAGAACGUGUUCGCGGUCAUUAACGUGUUCUCGGCCGAGCUGCCGGUGUUUCUGCGCGAGAAGCGCUCCCGGCUGUACCGGGUCGAUACGUACUUUCUCGGCAAAACGAUCGCGGAGCUGCCGCUGUUCAUUGCCGUGCCGUUCGUGUUCACCUCGAUCACGUACCCGAUGAUUGGGCUGCGGACCGGCGCCACCCACUAUCUGACCACGCUGUUCAUCGUCACGCUCGUCGCGAACGUGUCCACCUCGUUCGGCUACCUGAUUUCCUGCGCCAGCUCCUCGAUCUCGAUGGCGCUGUCCGUCGGGCCGCCGGUCGUCAUCCCGUUCCUGAUCUUUGGCGGCUUCUUCCUCAACUCGGCCUCGGUGCCCGCGUACUUCAAGUACCUGUCCUACCUGUCCUGGUUCCGGUACGCGAACGAGGCGCUGCUCAUCAACCAGUGGAGCACGGUGGUGGACGGCGAGAUCGCGUGCACUCGGGCGAACGUCACCUGCCCGCGGUCGGGCGAGAUCAUCCUCGAGACGUUUAACUUCCGCGUGGAGGACUUUGCGCUCGACAUUGCCUGCCUGUUUGCGCUGAUCGUGCUCUUCCGGCUCGGCGCACUGCUCUGCCUGUGGUUGCGCUCGCGCAGCAAAGAGUAAGCCGGAGAAGAAGUAGAGUCGUUUUUUUUUCUUUCUUUUAGUGAUUCUCCUACUACCCACUGCAUCCCCCCCCCCCCUCCCCCCACACUAGCAGGCAACUGCACUGCACCAUAUUUUCUUUUUGUAUUUUAAGACACGUGUUUUCCGUUUUGUCACUUUUGUCUUGAAAAAAAACCAACACAAUGUUUCCGUUUUUUGUUAGUUUUUGUGUUUUUGUUUGUUCCCUAACAGUUAAGUAACUUAAGCGUAAAUUGUGUAAGGGGGAAUGGGGUACUACUAUACCACCCCCGACCCACAGCAAAUCGAGAAUGUUACACAAAGCGAAAGAGAGAGAUGCAGAGAGAGAAAGAGGAAGAAAGAGAUAUAUAUAAAUAACAUUGAUAAACAUAAUCAUAGUGAAAUGCAAGUUGUCUAGUUACCGGAUUCAGAUUGUGCGCGAUUGUGUGUCAAAUAUUGUCUAUUCCUCCCGCCCCCACCGCCCACCAUUCCCGUUUUUCGCCUGGCAUCAGCACCAGCAUCCCCUUUUCCCUUAUCAGCCGAUUCGCUGCCGAAACAAAUGUUAAAACUGUAACAAUUACAGAUUCACCGGCAAACGCCCCUGUCAGUGGCGUCCUGUUUUGUAUUGUUUUUUUUUUACAUAGGAAUAUUACGACAAGUGACAAACAAUCUGCAAUAGGAGUAGUAGUAAUAAUGAUAUUCGAAUACAGUAAUACAUAAACGUCAUUGCGAAAAAACCAAA